UGGAUUCAUUCUGCUGUAUCGAUGCCCUAAAUUUGAUUUCCAGCUUCCGAUUUGUUACCGGACCGGAUCUCGUCGGAUCGCCGUUGCCGAAUCCGUCGAAGUUCAGUGGCAACAAAACGGGCGAUGCAGAAGAGAGAGCAGAGCAAGUUGGGCGGAAAUGUUGGUGGUGGCUCCGCGCCUCCGGCGAAGCGCGGCCGUCCAUUCGGCAGUUCGAGCAGCAACGCCGCCGCUGCAGCCGCUGCCGAGACCUUGGCUCCAUCGGCACACCUUGGCCCUUCUCUCCAUGUUCAUACUUCCUUCGCAGAUCAAAACAAUAAAAGGAUAGUGUUGGCUCUACAGAGUGGAUUGAAGAGUGAAUUGACGUGGGCAUUGAACACUCUCACUCUGCUCUCCUUCAAAGAGAAGGAUGAUAUGCGCAAAGACUCUACUCCCCUGGCUAAAAUUCCCGGCCUUCUUGAUGCUCUUCUACAAGUUAUCGAUGACUGGCGUGAUAUAGCGCUUCCAAGGGAUCUUGUAAAGAAGCCAAGGGUGAGAACAUUAGGUGCAAAUUCUUCUGUAACGGGAUUUGGGAAUGAAUUUGAGGCAUUGGGCUCGAACGGCCUGAGACCUGGUUCUUCAGUUCCAGAGACAAUGAGUCAUGCUCCGAAACCAUCUCCUCGACAUUGGUGGCUUGAUGAAGAUGGUCUAUUUAAUCUGGAUGACGAAGGACGAGCAGAAAGACAGCAGUGUGCUGUUUCUGCCUCAAAUAUCAUUCGAAACUUUUCUUUCAUGCCAGAGAAUGAAGUUAUUAUGGCCCAACAUCGACAUACUUUGGAAACAGUGUUUCAGUGUAUAGAAGAUCAUAUUACAGAGGAUGAGGAACUUGUCACAAACACCCUAGAGACAAUUGUGAAUUUAGCUCCGUUGCUAGAUCUUCGUAUCUUUAGCUCAUCGAAACCAUCCUACAUCAAAAUAACUGAGAAACGAGCAGGUGAAGCCAUCAUGGGAAUGCUGGGAUCCUCUGUCAAAGUUUGGCACUGUGCUGCCGCAGAAUUACUUGGACGAUUAAUAAUAAAUCCUGAUAAUGAGCCUUUCCUUCUUCCCUUUGUUCCCCAGAUACACAAGCGUUUAGUCGACCUUAUGAGCAUCCCAGCAUUAGAUGCACAAGCAGCAGCUGUUGGUGCACUGUAUAACCUCGUCGAAGUUAACAUGGACUGCAGAAUAAAGCUAGCAAGUGAGCGAUGGGCAAUCGACCGGCUUCUUAAAGUAAUCAAGACACCUCAUCCAGUUCCAGAAAUAUGCAGGAAGGCCGCAAUGAUAUUGGAGAGUCUUGUAUCUGAGCCGCAGAACAGGGCUCUACUUCUAGUAUACGAAAAUGCAUUUGCAGAAAUACUCUUUUCAGAUGGCAGAUAUUCUGAUACGUUUGCGAGGAUAUUGUAUGAACUAACAUCGAGACCUAACAAUAAAGUUGCUGCUGCUCAAGGAGUAUGGGGCAUGUGAUCUGUAGUACCCUACCAUCAAUCGUUGUAUUCAUCUAUGAUCGAGAUGACUAGUACUCAGCUACCGAAUCAAGUGAAGAACUCGAACUUCAUCAUUACUAUAAAAUGUAAAUAUUAGCUUAUUGGGGUAUCAAAUUCGAGCUAUUGCACCUGCGGAGUCCGUAUUUCUCAGUCAUUUGUACUGCUCAUUUUGUAAUUUGUUUCUAUUUUCAUGCUAGAGUGCUCAAUAUCUAUGGUUGAUUGCUAACAUUGAUAUGUGAAAUAUCAUUUAUAACUGGACCACUUAGUGUAGGUAGGAUUUGUAAUUUUUAACAUUGACAUUAGGGGUAUAAAUUUUAAUAAAAUAGGUCAUUUUUAUAGUAA